GGGCAAAUAUGAGAACAAUCAUUUUAAUUUUGUGUAAAUAAAAUUAAUUUGGUGGACAUUAAUAAUGUCUUAGGCGCGUCUCUUAAAUAAAAGCGCUUCUCUAGAAAAGAAGAGAAAAAAUAACGCGGUUGAAACUUGAAGGUUUAAAAGUGUGGGUAUAAAAAAAGGAGAUUGGCUUUUUAGAUUUCUUGAGUCAAAGUCUCGAAUCGAAUCUAAACCUAUUAUUCGUUUUUUUGCAUAAUUAUCAUAAUAACCAAGCUUUCUUCAUCUUCUUCCUCUUCCAUGUCGGUUUCUGGUAUACAAGGACUUACUCUCGAAGUUACUGUUGUUGCGUGUAACAAAUUGAAGGACAUAGAAUGGUUCUCAAGGCAGGAUCCCUACGUCUGUGUUGAAUAUGCAAGCUCCAAAUAUCGCACAAGAACUUACACAAAUGGUGGUAAAAAUCCCACAUUUCAAGAAAAAUUUGUAUUUACAUUGAUUGAAGGCCUUAGAGAAUUGAAUGUUGUAGUUUGGAACAGCAAUACCAUCAGUAACGAUGAUUUCAUUGGGAGCGGAAAGGUUCAACUUAAUAAGGUUCUUACACAGGGUUAUGAUGAUAGUUCUUGGCCACUUCAAACUAAAACCGGCAGGUAUGCUGGAGAAGUAAGACUCAUAUUGCAUUAUGGGAAUGCCAAUAAACCCGGAAAAACUCAUGCUCCCUCAGCACCACCAUUUGUAACACCACAAUCUUCCUUGUAUUCUACACCCCCGCCAGCUGCUGCUCCUUACCCACAUCAAGCCCCGUCAUAUCCAGCUCCAUCACACUAUUCUUCAUACCCACCAACUUCAGGAGGAUAUCCACCAUCUACGUACCCUCCUCCCCAGCCAGCUGCCUAUCCUCCCCAACCGUACCCCCCAACAUCAGCUUAUCCACCCGCAUCAGCCUAUCCACCUGCCUCAGCUUAUCCACCUACAUCAGCUUAUCCUCAGACAUCAGCUUAUCCACCGACAUCAACUUAUCCGCAAUCUCUAUACCCACCUCCGCCCCAAACUUCUCCUUACUAUCCACCAGGUCCUUAUCCCGGAACAUAUCCUCCGCCAUACUGAGAAUCUGAAAUGUUACUGCUCUACACCAUGCCCAAGUGCUAGAUAAUAUUUCUUUUGUUAGAAUAGCAAAUGCCAAAUGUAUAGAGAAUUUUGCAUCGAUGUCAAAGUACAUAUCAUGGUCAUGUUUAAUGUUUAUGCUCAGUGCUCACUCGUCCUCUUUAGGAAUGAUAAUAAUAAUAUCUGUAUGGUAAUCAUUUUUCCUGCACAUUUUAAUAAAUUAAUGACCCUAAAUGGUUCUACCGUUUUA